AUGGCAGACUUAAGAACUAUCCUAAUCCAAGGAAUCCGGGAAUCUGUCCCUCGGGGACAAAGUGUAAAUAAAGCCUUCUGUGAAAGCCUAAAGAAAGAUGAGGACCCUACUGAAUGGAUAGAGAGGCUCCGAAGGUCAUUUCAACUAUAUUCCGGGGUGAACCCUGAUACUCCAGAAGGUCAAGUGUUAUUAAAAACUCAAUUUGUAGCAAAAUCUUGGCCUGACAUCAGGAAAAAGUUAGAGAAAAUUGAAGAUUGGCAUGAUCGUAGUUUAGAUGAAUUGUUGCGGGAAGCGCAGAAGGUGUAUGUCCGGAGGGAGGAAGAAGGACACAGGAAGCAGGCUAAAGUAAUGAUGGCAGUAGUAUGUGAGGGGCAACGGGUAACAGCUAGUCGAUUCCCCUCGAAGGCGGGCCCUCCUAGAACCAGAAAUGUGCCUAGAGAAAAGGAGGCAGUUUUUGGCGACCGCGGCAGGACUCCGGAGGUGGCUGGGGCGGUUCGCGAGCUGAUCCACUCCACGCCGGCACCAGGUGAUUCCUGGGGAGUCAUCGACCCGCGCCCGACCCCGCUCCUGACGGACAACUGUAACAGGCGCCGACCGUUAGACGCGGCGAAAGCUGCGCAGGAUCGGCACUUGCCCCUCGCGGCGUCGAGAAGUGGCAAGUUUGGUAAGUCUAAGGCAGCUCAACCAGUAGUGGUUGAGCUAAAGGAGGGAGUCCAACCGGUAAGGAUUAGACAAUAUCCGAUUAAGUUAGAAGCUAGGAAAGGAGUAGCCCCCAUGAUUGCUCAAUUCUUAAUCCAAGGUAUUUUGCAAGAAUGUGAGUCAGAAUUUAAUACCCCAAUUUUUCCAGUACGAAAACCCAAUGGUAAAUAUAGGUUAGUUCAGGAUCUGAGAGCUAUAAAUAAUAUAACCAAGGAUAUCCACCCAGUGGUGGCAAACCCCUAUACUUUGUUAACAUCUGUGUCUGAAAGAUUUCAAUGGUUUACAGUAAUUGAUUUAAAAGAUGCUUUCUUCUGCAUCCCUCUGGCAUUUGAAAGUAGGAAAUAUUUUGCAUUCGAGUGGGAAGACCCUGACUCUGGCCGGAAGAAACAGCUUACUUGGACACGACUUCCGCAAGGAUUCAAGAAUUCCCCCACAAUAUUUGGGAACCAGUUAGCCAAGGAAUUGGAGGAAUGGAAAACAACACAGGUAAAAGAAUCUCCCUUUUCUCAUGUAAUACUUCAAUAUGUAGAUGACAUUUUCCUGGCCACAGAAGAAAGGGACAUUUGCCUAAAUUUAACUAUAAGCUUAUUGAACAUGCUAGGCCAGGCUGGAUAUCGGGUCUCGAAAGAAAAGGCCCAACUCAUCCGGACAAGUGUGUUAUAUUUGGGCUGUGAAAUAACACAAGGAGUAAGGCAAUUAGGAGCAAAUAGAAUUGAAGCCAUCUGCACCAUACCUAUUCCCCGAAAUCAUCAGGAACUAAGAUCCUUUCUAGGAAUGGUAGGAUGGUGCCGGCUGUGGAUACCGAAUUUCGGACUCCUGGCCAAACCCUUAUAUGAGGCACUAAAAGAGACACAGUUACGGUGGGACAAGCCACAGCAGAAUGCAUUCCAAGGGCUAAAGCAAGCACUAAAAGAAGCCCCGGCAUUGGGACUACCUGAUUUAACUAAGGACUUUCAAUUAUAUGUAAAUGAGAGACAGAGACUGGCUUUAGGAGUACUCACGCAAAAGUUGGGAUCAUGGAAGCGUCCGGUCGGCUAUUUUUCGAAACAACUAGAUGCAGUCAGCUCUGGAUGGCCGUCCUGUUUGCGAGCCGUGGCAGCUACUGUACUAUUGAUUCAGGAAUCAAGAAAAUUGACUUUGGGUAAGAAAAUAGAAGUGUUUGUGCCUCACAUGGUGAUAACAGUUCUGGAACAAAAAGGGGGGCAUUGGUUGUCCUCCAGCAGAAUGUUGCAAUAUCAAGCAAUAUUAAGGGAACAAGAUGAUGUUGAGCUAAAAGUAACUAACCAUAUCAAUCCAGCAGAAUUUCUCCGCAGUGAGCAGGAAGAAGGCGAAUUGACCCACGACUGUGUGGAAGUCAUUGAACAAGUCUUCGCUAGCCGCACUGACCUGAAAGACGUGCCAUUGGAGUCUCCGGACUGGGAACUGUUUACAGAUGGAUCCAGUUUCGUCGAGAAUGGGACCAGGUAUGCGGGUUAUGCGGUGGUAACGCUCCUCCAGGUCGUGGAAGCUAAAGCCCUCACCCCGGGAACAUCAGCGCAGAAAGCAGAGAUUGUGGCUUUGAUUCGCGCCUUGGUUUUGAGUCAAGGAAAGAAGGUAAAUAUAUGGACUGACUCUAAAUAUGCAUUUGGAGUUCUGCAUGUCCAUGGAGCAUUAUGGAAAGAAAGAGGACUGUUAAGUUCUCAAGGGACAUCUAUAAAACAUCGAAACGAAAUCCUAUCUCUUUUGGAUGCUGUGCAUAAACCAGCUGCAGUAGCAGUAAUGCAUGUGAGAGGACAUGUAAGCCCAGUCACUCCUCACCUAGAGCAGAAGCCCAAUUACUCCUUAGAAGAUGAAAGACUGGCCAGACUUGUGAAUGCCCAGAAGAACGCGUUAGGGUGGUAUGUGACCGACAUAGGUCUGUAUAAAGAACAAUCCUGUAGUGAGGAAGCAGAUUCAAUUAGGAAAAUUACAGUCCAUGACAUCCAACCAGGAGACCGGGUGUAUGUAAAGAACUGGAGCACGGACCCCUUGAAGGAAUCAUGGGAGGGUCCACGUCAGGUGAUUAUGACAACCUUCACGGCGGCAAAAGUCGAGGGCAUCAACAACUGGAUCCACUACACCCGGAUCAAGAAAGUCCCUACUCAUUGGGAAGUGCAGCCACUGUCUUCCACCAAGAUGGUUAUUCGAGCCAAACCCACCGACCCAAGACCUACAUCUUAA